AUGUGGGAUAAGAUCAAUAACAUUUUCUCUAGGUAACUGGUCUUAGAUUGCCUGUUGAUGUAAUGUUUGUGUGAGACAGAUGAGUUGAACUACUGAAAUAGCUAAUCAUAUGGAUGUAAUGUCUUAUAGUAGAAAUGUCACAAAUCAGAAAUUAAGUGAACAGAUUUCUCCAUAUGUCUGUACAGCCUCUACUACUCACUGUAGUAUACAGUACAUAUAUUAACCAAGCUCCCCACCACCCUCUAAACCAGUGGUAUUCAAAGUCGGGGGGAAUUGCAGUGGGGUCGCCAAUAUAUAUAUAUAUUUUUGUAAAUAAUAAAUUAAGAGUAAAGACUACAGAUUAUUAUAUGGCACUUAAUACAAACAUUUAUGAGAAAGAUAAUUUUGAAAAUAACAUUUUAUUGAGUAAAUGUAUUUAUUGGUUCUCGUAAUUUUUUAAAUAAGAGAGAUAAAAAUGUAAUGAAUUGAACGUUAUUUGUUGAUGUAAAAAUAUAAAUUUACCGAUUUUAAUGUUGUGUCUUUAGAUUUGGGGUGGGGUCCGAAGAAAGUCUGGCAGAAAAUAUUGGGUCCCCGCUGAAAAAGUUUGAAUACCACUGCUCUAAACUAAACAAACAUUCUAGCUUGUCAUCUUUUAUUGUUUAGUGAAUGGAUUUGAUUGGUUUGCCAUUGACAAUAAUGAUAAAAAAAUAUAUUAAAAAAUCUUCCCAUUAUUGUCUUGCAAAGUUGAUACAUUUGGGCAUACCUGUACCCAUUAUCAACUAAUAUUCUAUGGACCAAAUCCCACAUUAACAUCAUUGUCUCCCGAGUGGCGCAGUGGUCUAAGGCUGUGUCACUAGAGAUCCUGGUUCGAAUCCUGGCUCUUUCGUAGCCGGCAGGGAUGUAGCUCAGUUGGUAGAGCAUGGUGUUUGCAACGCCAGGGUUGUGGGUUCGAUUCCCACGGGGGCCAGUAUGAAAAAAUAAAUAAAAUGUAUGCACUAACUGUAAGUCGCUCUGGAUAAGAGCGUCUGCUAAAAUGUAAUUGCAUACAUAAGGAAGGGGUCAACCUAUAUGUCAACAAGAUGUCAGUACAUAAUGCAUGUUUAACUCGAUGACAAUUAUCAAAUUGAAAGAGUUUAUACAAGAUGUCAUUCCAGGUGAUGAGAUCCAGUUUGUGUUCCCCUGAAAUUGAUAUGUAUUAUUGUGUAAUGCAGCAAAACCCAACCAGACACAGAGGAAGCUGGGGAGAAAGAGGACACAGAGAAUCACGAUGGGGAAAAGGUGUGUGAUGUUCUAUUGAAACACCUCAUUGUUCUCUCAAACACUGCAUGGAUUUAUUGGCUCAUUUAUAGCUCCCAUUCUGUCCAUUCUGUGUUCAAAGUGUGUAAAGAUAAGAGGUGGAGAUUAGUAGAGUGAGAGAUGAGCUCUAACUUCUGGAAUUAGUUUGAUGUGAACUUUGAACUUAAACUAGUUUGUGCAUGAGAAGCAAUUUUCUCAGACACUUGAGCUACACCUUUCAUCCUUGUAUCUCUCUUCCUUGUCCGGUUCUCCACCCGCCCCUUCUCACUUCCCAGGUGUCAGAAGGAGAGGAGGAGGAAAAAGAGGUGGAUCAGCCAGGAAUGUGGGAGGAGAUGUUCAAAUCCCAUGCUGACACCAAGCCUAAUGGUACACCAAGUCCAUUCAUUUGUUUUCACCCACCAUUUCCUCUAAUUGACGUCAUGUGUAAAAUUCCUGACUGCUGUGGUGUAACCUGCCUCCUGUCCUCUAGGUCCCUCCUCCAUCAGUCUGGACUUCUCCCUGCCUGGAGUAGAACAUGUCUACGGCAUCCCUGAACACGCAGACUGCCUCAGACUGAAAAACACAGAGUGAGCCUUGCCCCAAUGUCAUUUGUGCUCAGCUCUCUGUUAAACUUACCCCACCAAGUUGCAGUGUAGUUUUCUGAUUAUUUAGUUGGUCAUCCACUGCUAACAUGGAUUUCUGUUCCUUCCCCCAGUGGAGGAGACCCCUACAGGCUGUAUCACCUGGAUGUGUUCCAAUAUGAGCUCUUUAACCCAAUGGCUCUGUACGGAGCAGUGCCUGUCCUCCUCUCACACAACACCCACAAGACUAUGGGUCUCUUCUGGCUCAACGCAGCCGAGACAUGGGUGGACAUCAGCUCUGGACAGGCGGGUGUGUAUGAAUGGAUGGAUCUCACACCGGAUAUUUCUUUCUUUGCCAUUUGAUUCACUUCAGUUUGAUAUCUAAAUCCUGUUUGUACUUUUUGAUGUUGGAUUGCGUUCAGAGCUCCAGUGAGGUCCCUCAGACAGAUCUCUGAGAGCGGCAUCAUUGACGUCUUCAUGAUGCUGGGACCAUGAUCUACUGAUGUGUUCACACAGUACGCUUCAUUAACAGGUACACAGGUCUGGUACAAUACUUACACACUCACUAGGAGGAGCACAGGUAUGCGUCACUCACAGUAUAUUGUGCACAUUUACGUCAAGCACAUGUUCAUGCUCGAUACAUCUUCGUUUUAUAGCUUCACUGCUCACUAUCCCAGAAGUGGUACCUUUGCUUUAGAAAUGACCCUUUUGUUCUCUGGCUGUUGUAGGCACUCAGUCCUUCCCCCCUAUCUCUUCGCUGGCCUACCACCAGUGCCACUGGAACUACAACGACCAGGAGGAUGUGAGUGCGGUGGACCAGGGCUUCGAUGAACACGACAUUCCCUAUGACUUCAUCUGGCUGGAUAUUGAGCACACGGACGGCAAGCGGUACUUCACCUGGGACAACAACAAGUUCCCAAAGCCCAAAGACAUGCUGCAGGGCCUCCUGGAUAAGAGACACAAGGUGAACUUAAUGAUGAAAAAAUAUAUAUUUUUAAAAUGGUGUGUGUGGUAAUGAGAAAAUCAUUUACAUUUGGAACUCUUCACUCUCCCUCCUCAUCUCAUUGCGCCCUCUCUCCUGUCCUGUCUGUCUACAGAUGGUGAUCAUAGUGGACCCUCACAUUAAGGUGGACAGAAGCUAUAAGAUCCACACUGAGAUUCAUUCUAGAGGCUACUACACCAAAAACAAAGAUGGCGGAGACUAUGAGGGCUGGUGCUGGCCAGGUAGGCACAUGUCAAUAGUAUUUAUCUUGACCAAUUCGGAAACCUACCAGACAACAUAGUAUAAGAUUGACUGUCUUCUACUGACGGUCUUAUACUGACUGACUUAUAGCGACUCUCUUCUAGUGACUGUCUUACAGUGACUGUCUUCUACUGACUGUCUUCUACUGACUGUCUUCUACUGACUGACUUAUAGUAACUGACUGUCUUCUACUGACUGACUGGCUUAUAGUGAUUGGCUUAUAGUGACUGACUUAUAGUGACUGAAUUAUAUUGACUGACUUCUACUGACUGACUGUCUUAUAGUGACUGUCUUCUACUGAGCCAGUCACCUAAAGGCUGGUAAUUGUUUAGAAAUGUGUUAUGUACAUGUACUUGAGAUUUACUUUUUUUUGCUUUUUGUUAAAAGGGAAUGCAGGUUACCCAGAUUUGACCAAUCCUGAGAUGAGGACCUGGUGGGCCAGCAUGUUUACCUAUGGCCAGUAUGAGGUGACUAAACCCGUAAUCAGUUUGUCUCAUCUCUUUUCACCUCCACAUUUGACCCAGUUCUUUUUGCUUUUCAUUCUUCUUUCUUCAUGUCCUCAGGAAACUCAGGAAACUAUUAGCAUUGAUUCCACUGGUUAACCAGUGAAGCUACUGAAGCCUUGAGCUACCGCUUCAUCCCCAGAUGCACUGACAUGUCUUUUUCUCCCAUCGCUCCUCUGGCCAGGGGUCGUUCCACGUGUACAGAGAACCUGUACACGUGGAACAACAUGAGCGAGCCGUCUGUGUUUAACGGGCCAGAGGUCACCAUGCACAAGGACGCCCUCCACGGGCCCUGGGAGCACAGAGACGUCCACAACCUCUACGGCUUCUACGUGGUGAGGCAGGGAAGGAGGGGUGUUACUAGGACUAUCUAGCCCGGGGGUGUCCACACUGUUGGGAUUGUUUUGGAUUAGUUACAGCAUCCUCACUCACUCAUUCACUGUCAUCUACUCUCUUCUUUCCCUCUCUCAGCAAAUAGCGACAGCAGAGGGGCAGAUCCAGCGCUCUGGGGGAUUGGAGAGGCCUUUUGUCCUGACCAUGGCCUUCUUCGCUGGGUCUCAGCGCUACGGUUAGACCCAAUACGCCUCCCUCUGGUUCCUGGAAAUGUUGUUUUGUUGUAUACAGUCGUGGUCAAAAGUUUUGAGAAUGACACAAAUACUAAUUUUCACAAAGUAUGCUGCCUCAGUUUUGAUGAUGGCAAUUUGCAUAUACUCCAGAAUGUCAUGAAGAGUGAUCAGAUUAAUUGCAAUUAAUGGCAAAGUCCAUCUUUGCCAUGAAAAUGAACUUAAUCCCCAAAAUACAUUUCCACUGCAUUUCAGCCCUGCCACAAAAGGACCAGCUGCCAUCAUGUCAGUGAUUCUCUCAUUAACACAGGUGAGAGUGUUGACGAGGACAAGGCUGGAGAUCACUGUCAUGCUGAUUGAGUUAGAAUAACAGACUGAAGCUUUAAAAGGAGGGUGGUGCUUGAAAUCAUUGUUCUUCCUCUGUUAACCAUGGUUACCUGCAAGGAAACAUGUGCCAUCAUCAUUGCUUUGCACAAAAAGGGCUUCACAGGCAAGGAUAUUGCUGCUAGUAAAAUUGCACCUAAAUCAACCAUUUAUCGGAUCAUCAAGAACUUCAAGGAGAGAGGUUCAAUUGUUGUGAAUAAGGCGUCAGGGCGCCCAAGAAAGUCCAGCAAGCGCCAGGACCGUCUCCUAAAGUUGAUUCAGCUGUGGGAUCGGGGCACCACCAGUGCAGAGCCUGCUCAGGAAUGGCAGCAGGCAGGUGUGAGUGCAUCUGCACGCACAGUGAGGCGAAGACUUUUGGAGGAUGGCCUGGUGUGAAGAAGGUCAGCAAAGAAGCCACUUCUCUCCAGGAAAACAUCAGGGACAGACUGAGAUUCUGCAAAAGGUACAGGGAUUGGACUGCUGAGGACUGGGGUAAAGUCAUUUUCUCUGAUGAAUCCCCUUUCCGAUUGUUUGGGGCAUCCGGAAAACACCUUGUCCGGAAAAGACAAGGUGAGCGCUACCAUCAGUCCUGUGUCAUGCCAACAGUAAAGCAUCCUGAGACCAUUCAUGUGUGGGGUUGCUUCUCAGCCAAGGGAGUGGGCUCACUCACAAUUUAGCCUAAGAACACAGCCAUGAAUAAAGAAUGGUACCAAUAAAUCCUCAGAGAGCAACUAUCCAAGAACAGUUUGGUGACGACCAAUGCAUUUUCCAGCAUGAUGGCGCACCUUGCCAUAAGGCAAAAGUGAUAACUAAGUGGCUCGGGAACAAAACAUCGAAAUGUUGGGUCCAUGGCCAGGAAACUCCCCAGACCUUAAUCCCAUUGAGAACUUGUGGUCGAUCCUCAAGAGGCGGGUGGACAAACAAAACCCCACAAAUUCUGACAAACUCCAAGCAUUGAUUAUGCAAGAAUGGGCUGCCAUCAGUCAGGAUGUGGCCCAGAAGUUAAUUGACAGCAUGCCAGGGCGGAUUGCAGAGGUCUUGAAAACGAAGGGUCAACACUGCAAAUAUUGACUCUUUGCAUAAACUUAAUGUAAUUGUCAAUAAAAGCCAUUGACACAUAUGGAAUGCUUGUAAUUAUAUUUCAGUAUACCAUAGUAACAUCUGACAAAAAUAUCUCAUAACACUGAAGCAGCGAACUUUGUGAAGACCAAUACUUGUGUCAUUCUCAAAACUCACACACGUUCAUCCACUCUCCUCCAGGUGCAGUGUGGACGGGAGACAAUGCAGCAGAGUGGGGUCACCUUAAGAUAUCCAUCCCCAUGUGUCUCAGCCUGGGCCUGGUGGGCAUUUCCUUCUGUGGAGGUGAGGCUGGCUGGGAUUGGUGCUGCACAGAUCGGAUGGAUCGGUCUGUCUUUGUUUGAUGGUAAUACUUAAAGGAUCCUAAUCCUUCUCUCUCAUCCCAGCUGACGUGGGGGGUUUCUUUAAAACUCCCAGUGCGGAGCUGCUGGUGCGUUGGUACCAGGCGGGGGCCUACCAGCCCUUCUUCCGUGCCCACGCCCACCUGGACACCCCGCGGAGGGAGCCCUGGCUUUUUGGCCCUGACAACACGGCUCUGAUCCGAGAGGCUGUCCAUCAGCGCUAUGCCCUGCUGCCUUACUGGUACCUCCAGUUCUACCACGCCCAACGCACCGGCCAGCCCGUCAUGAGGUAGGCUUAUCAAGCCCCAUGUCUGUUUCGAAAGUCUAUAGCUGGCACUAUUAGAGACAAUCCUUGUAUUUUGAUUCACCUUGGGUUGUAUUCCCUCCCUCUCUGUACUAUAGGCCCCUGUGGGUGGAAUAUCCAGAGGAUAUUGCCACAUUCUCCAUUGAUGAUGAGUUCCUGAUUGGUAAGUAGGUUAGGAAAGUGGCCUUUAGACCAGUAUCUAGUUCUUAACCUUUUCCAUUAUGGUACAAUACUUUUGAAUACUUAAAUGUUUGGAAGAACUUGAGCUCUUCAACCUGGUGAGGAUGAUGCAUAACCGCAGACUAGCUCUCCCCGUGUGUGUUCAUCAGGCAGAGAUCUUCUGGUCCACCCUGUAACAGAUGAGAGGUCUAGUGCGGUCACAGCCUACUUACCUGGGAAUUGAGUGGUGUGUGAGGAUGGAGAGAGCUGACCUGGAGUUUUGCCAGUUGGAAUAUACAGUUGAAGUCGGAAGUUUACAUACACUUAGGAUGGAGUCAUUAAAUCUUGUUUUUCAACCACUCCACAAAUUUCUUGUUAACAAACUAUAGUUUUGGCAAGUCGACUAAGACAUCUACUUUGUGCAUGACACAAGUAAUUUUUCCAACAAUUGUUUACAGAUAGAUUAUUUCACUUAUAAUUCACUGUAUCACAAUUCCAGUGGGUCAGAAGUUUACAUACACUAAGUUGACUGUGCCUUUAAACAGCUUGGAAAAUUCCAGAAAAUGAUGUCAUGGCUUUAGAAGCUUCUGAUAGGCUAAUUGACAUUUGAGUCAAUUGGAGGUGUACCUGUGGAUGUAUUUCAAGGCCUACCUUCAAACUCACUGCCUCUUUGCUUGACAUCAUGGGAAAAUCAAAAGAAAUCAGCCAAGACCUCAGAAUAAAAAUUGCCAUCACAAAGCCCUGACCUCAAUCCUAUAGAAAAUGUGUGGGCAGAACUGAAAAAGCGUGUGUGAGCAAGGAGGCCUACAAACCUGACUCAGUUACACCAGUUCUGUCAGGAGGAAUGGGCCAAAAUUCACCCAACUUAUUGUGGGAAGCUUGUGGAAGGCUACCCGAAACGUUUGACCCGAGUUAAACAAUUUAAAGGCAAUGCUACCAAAUACUAAUUCAGUGUAUGUAAACUUCUGACCCACAGGGAAUUUUUACUAGGAUUAAAUGUCAGGAAUUGUGAAAAACUGAGUUUAAAUGUAUUUGGCUAAGGUGUAUGUAAACUUCCGACUUCAACUGUACUACAUGUUCAAUCAACCUGGUUCCUUCUAGCCCUCAUGCUUCUCUUCCCGUCACAGGUCUGGUAUGACGUCCACACGUUCCAGAGACAUGGCGGCGCUCAGAACCUCUAUAUCCCUGUCACCAUGAGCUCAGUAAGUCCUAUGUUGUCAGUGUUAACAUGGAUCCACUGACUGUGUUCUGGAUGUGUUUCUACCUAUGCUCCGUAGCCAAAACCAAUUUUUUAUUUUACCUUUAUUUAACUAGGCAAGUCAGUUAAGAACAAAUUCUUAUUUACCAUGACGGCCUACACCGGCCUAACCCGCACGCUGGGCCAAUUGUGCGCCGCCCUAUGGGACUCCCAAUCACAGCCGGUUGUGAUACAGCCUGGAAUCGAACCAGGGGGUCUGUAGUGAUGCCUCAAGCACUGAGAUGUAGUGCCUUAGACCGCUGCGCCACUCGGGAGCCCUCAGCACUUUGCCCACAAAUAACCAUCAGUUAUCUCUCCCUCUCAUCUUCUCUGUUAUACCUCCUUUUCCCCUCAUAGAUUCCAGUGUUCCAGCGAGGAGGUUCCAUUAUCUGCCGGAAGAACCGUGUUCGCAGGUCCUCAUCCUGCAUGGAAAAUGAUCCCUACACCCUCUAUGUGGCCCUUGACCCAGAAGUAAAACCUGUUUUCCUCAUUUUACCGGCUAAGCUUACUUUACACCACAACAAUAUUACUACCAUUGUUGCACCUGCAGAGGCUUUGUCAUCAUUUAAAUGUUUCUCUUUGUUCCAGGGCAAUGCAGAAGGCGAGUUCUACAUAGAUGAUGGUCACACCUUUAAACAUGAGACAGACAAGCAGUUCAUCCACAGACGCCUGAGUUUAACUGCAAACACCCUCUCAGCCAGGUCUGUCCCUCCCCUAACUAUCAUCCUUCCAACCAGGCCCUGUUCUCCCUGUGUUUCUGUAUCAAGUGCAACCUGUCUGUUGCUACAGUGACCUGUCUCCGGACUCCCGGUUUUCCACGGCCUCCUGGGUAGAGAAAGUGAUCAUCCUGGGAGCUCAGAAGCCCGAUGCUGUCACCCUCACAAUGACAGGUUAGUCAUGUACCGUCAAUAACCAGGCAACAUAAUGUAAUGUAGAGCCAGGAGUUUCCCCUUAAUUGUCUGGUGUAAUCUGGAAAGAUAAUACAAAAGAAUACUUGUUGCAGUGAAGUUAUUGUUCUGUUGGCAGACUAGUGCAAAAAGUGGUAAGGGUUGUGAAGGUGGUACAUUAUAUUUUGUUAACAAUGUGCCUGAUGUUCUUCAACCAUCCUCCACAGAUGGUGGGGAGUCUUCUGUGGAGUUUGAGUUUGACCCGGACACGGCGGUCUUAACUCUUCGUAAGCCAGGCUUGAACACAGGGGUCAACUGGACAUUACAGGUGCAGUAACACAGGACACUCAUAUUGAAGUCAGGAGUCAAAUGCAAAAUGUCACACAUAGACUUUUGGCCAAACAAGUAAUCAUACGACAAAAAAAAAGCACCCAGAUUCAAAAGUGUGGAUUUGGAGCAGUCCCCUGAACCAACCCUGACAAAGGAAACAGAGGAGAAAUGGAUCAGGGUUUUUAGAAGAGUAUGAAACUCAGGACCACGAAUCUUGUUGGAUGAGAAAAAUUCUGCACCUCUAUCAAAAAAGGCUGGAUUUUAGAUACUAAUCUUAAUUGUUUCAGGGUUUAACAAUUAACUGAUGAAGAUAAUGAUUAU